AUCCACGUCACCCCGACAGCAGUUAAUUGCGUUUCCCUUUUUUCAAGUUUCCUUGUCCGAAAUUCCCCUGCGUGCUAUAAAUACCCCGACCGAUUCUUAAUUCUCCCUUGUUACCUGUAAUCGUUUUUCUUUCUUUCAACUCCAUUUAAUAUUUUAUAGAUUAUAAUUUACAUUUUUUUUGUAUUUUGGAAAUUUUAAUUUCGUUUUGUUACAUAUUUUUACCAUCUCUGUCAUGUCAACGGCCGUGGAGAUGGAGCAAUUGACGUCGGGAGCGAGCAAUCGGAUAAUCCCGAUCCUAAAAACCCUAAGGAUUCCUCUUAUUGUCAUUCAAUCAAUGAUCUUGUACCUCCUCCUCCUGCUCUUCCCUCGGCGCCGCCACUCUCAGACGGUGGUCGCGGCGGUUGACGCUGCUGCUUCGGCUCCGCAAUCGCCUGCUAAAACCGCGAGGCGGAGGUCGGUAUGGAGGCGAGAAGAGGAGGACACCUUGAGAAGGAGAGCUUUGGCGGAGGGUUUGGACAUGGGUUUUGAAAACGGGGACGGAGAGAUUCGGUGCUGUUGGAGCACGUCUAUUUUCUUUGGGGUUCGCAGAAAUGCCUUGUUUUGCCGGUCUUGGUUUCCAGCAACCGGUGAAUUGAGGGGCAUUUUGAUCAUCAUGCACGGGCUGAAUGAGCACAGUGGAAGAUAUUCUCAAUUUGCAAAGCAACUAACUUCUUCCAACUUUGGUGUAUAUGCAAUGGACUGGAUAGGUCAUGGUGGCAGUGAUGGAUUGCAUGGAUAUGUUCCUUCACUUGAUCAUGUUGUUGCGGACACUGGGGCUUUCUUGGAAAAGAUCAAAUCAGAGAACCCAGGUGUACCUUGCUUUCUUUUUGGUCACUCUACUGGUGGAGCUGUGGUUUUAAAGGCAGCUUCACAUCCUCGUAUUGGGGAAAUGCUGGAGGGAAUUGUGCUGACAUCUCCAGCUUUGCGUGUUAAGCCAGCACAUCCAAUUGUCGGGGCUAUUGCUCCUCUUUUUUCUUUGGUGGCUCCAAAGUUACAGUUUAAAGGUGCCAACAAGAAGGGCAUCCCAGUUUCAAGGGACCCCGCAGCACUGUUGGCCAAGUACUCUGAUCCUUUGGUCUAUACUGGUCCAAUAAGGGUUCGAACAGGGCAUGAGAUAUUGCGCAUUUCAUCUUACUUGAUGCAAAACUUAAAGUCUGUGACAGUCCCAUUCUUUGUUCUCCAUGGAACUGCAGAUAAAGUCACUGAUCCACUCGCCUCCCAGGAUUUGUACAAUGAGGCAGCCUCCAAGUUCAAAGACAUAAAGCUCUAUGACGGCUUCUUGCACGACCUCCUCUUUGAGCCUGAGUGUGAAGAGAUAGGACAGGAUAUAAUUGACUGGAUGGAGAAGAGAUUAGUCACCAGAGCUGAAAACAUUAAUUGUCUCUGGUAAACGAUGGAUCUUGCAGAAUAGACUAAAGUGUUUUUAUUUUACCUAAAGUUAGAACACCGGCUUGAAUCACAGGUAGAUGUUUUAGAAAGUUAAAAGUUCAUCCACACGUACGGUUGGGGCUCUGGUUUAUAGUGAAAUUUGUAACCAUAUAUGGAUAUCAAGUAUAUACAUAUUGGAAAAUUCAGCUUUUAGUCAAAAGGAGUCAAGACAGAACUCUAGUUUCUGAUUAUGUUAUGAAAACCUUUUUGACGUGAACUGAAUCUUAGAAGUGGCAAAGCUGCAGGAAUUGGCAACAAGCUUGUAAUAUUCUUGCAUGAGCUGGUUAGGCACUUGGGGGCAUUUAGAUCCCUUCAAAUCUACUCGGUUUUUGUGAUUAUCAGACGAAUGCAUAUUUAUGAAGCAAAU